AUGGCAAGGACAAAGCAAACUGCUCGCAAGUCUACCGGUGGCAAGGCCCCUCGUAAGCAGUUGGCUACUAAAGCUGCUCGCAAGGCUGCGCCUGUGACUGCUGGUGUGAAAAAACCACAUCGUUACCGUCCUGGUACCGUUGCGUUGCGUGAGAUCCGCAAGUUCCAGAAAUCUACGGAACUGCUUAUCCGUAAGCUUCCGUUUCAGCGAUUGGUGAGGGAGAUUGCUCAAGACUUCAAAACGGACCUGCGUUUCCAAUCACAGGCCGUGCUUGCGUUGCAGGAAGCAGCUGAGGCGUACUUGGUUGGUCUCUUCGAGGACACCAACUUGUGUGCCAUUCACGCUAAGCGUACGCAACCGUAUAAUAUGACGGAAGGGCCCAGUUCAUUGGAGUCUCCGUUUCUCGACGAAUCGUCGGAACUAGAGUCACCACUAGACAUCGUUGCACCAGGAGAUCUCGAUGAAAAGUCGACCAGUGUCUAUUCACCAGUGGUCCCAUAUCCAAGCCCCGCCAUUUCAGAAGGUGGACCUUCUGAUGAACAACCAACCGACUUAACAGCUCCAGCAUCCACGUGGUUUGCAAGAUGCUUUCGUGUGGUCUGCAAGCACAGUUGGAUUCCAUCCAUAUUUUUCUACAUUUUAGGAUUAAUCACUGUGCUAGGCGCUUUGUUUGGCGAUCAAUGGAGGAUGAUGAGUAUUAAGUAUAGCCGUGGUAACAUAAAUGGUAGCAGCGUUACAGUAUUGGGUAGUUUUUCUCUGCAUCGUGUAGACUAUGCGACUAUGGAUUCUGCAUCCCUUUUGUUCAAGAAUGACCUCAGCUACAAAAGCAUCGUUGACGGACAAUACUGCCCAUCUACUGAACCGCUAGUACCUAUUGGCGAAGAUUCAUUAGACUCAGACGUCUUAAGGCGCAUUGAUCAGGUGGGCUUGCUUCCUCAUGACCAAGAAGAAGCGUUUAUUAAGAAACAUGGCCGCCCUAUCUACGAUGUGCUAUGCAGUGGAAUUGCUGAUUUAAAAAAGGCUGGAAUGUUCAUGAUAGGUAUAGGAUCUUUAUCUACGUUUCUGUAUUUCCUACAACUGUUCUUUUGUAUUAAGCGUAAUGGAAUGAACAAAAUCUCUAGGGGAGAAGGUCUAUACUCAGUGUUUGAACUGAUAUUCGCUUGUGCCUGGGUAUUCUCAUGGUUAUUGGGGAUUAUUGCAUCAAUGGGUUACAGUUUGGGUUCCAACGAUUGGUAUUGCAUCAAUGCCGCUGGAGAGAUGAUGACAUGUCCACUAAGCACUAGUACCUACCUUUUCAUCGUGUACACCAUUAGUAACAUACUAUCUUUCAUGUUCUACCUUCUGUACGGCAAAAGUUUGAGCGACGGCAUUGCACAUGCCCCAAUUCGUUGGCGUCGUAGAGUGCCGUCCGAGAGCAGCCAAGGAUAA